GGGGACCCAACGGGACUUUGGCUGUGGAGUCUGGCCUCAACACAUCUCCCACACAGCAUACUAGGGACAACAGGGACAGUUCAGGACAAGGGUGGUCUGUGCGCACAACAGGGACAGUUCAGGACAAGGGUGGUCUGUGCGCACAACAGGGACAGUUCAGGACACGGGUGGUCUGUGCGCACAAUAGGGACAGUUCAGGACACGGGUGGUCUGUGCGCACAACAGGGACAGUUCAGGACACGGGUGGUCUGUGCGCACAAUAGGGACAGUUCAGGACACGGGUGGUCUGUGCACCCAACAGGGACAGUUCAGGACACGGGUGGUCUGUGCACACAACAGGGACAGUUCAGGACACGGGUG